UAGGUUGAGUCGGAGUAAGAUCUGUUUCCCCGUUUGCUUUUCCUCAAACUGCUAGAGCUGAUUUGACAGUUCAUUUUAAAGUAAAGACGCGAUCCCGAACAGAUGCAAUUGGAAUAGUAGGAGUAUAAAAAGAGAUAAAAAUCAGGGAAACAAAAAAACAAACUGAGGUGUUUGGGAAAGAAGAUUUUAGGGACGCCUGUUUUCCAAUCCUGGUCACAAUGAAGUCGAUAAUAGUGCUGAUGAGCAUCGCAGUCGUCGGAGUAAUGGCUUCGCUUGCCUUCAUAUACAUCAAGCACAAUGAGAAGGUAAAGCUAUCUGAGACCUUCUCCAAACUGGACACUAAGCACCAGACGGUAAUAUUCGAAAUAAAUGAACAUAUGGCAGAUAUCGCCGUGAUGCAAGAUGAAAUGGAGACAGCCAUCAAGCAGGAGAACUCUUUGCGGACCGAGCUGGAAAAGAUUGGGAUUUCAAACAAGCGUAAGAAAGAUCAGCUGGAGACCUGUCGUGUAGAGGAGAAACAGCGGAGUGACGAAAUGGCAGCCCUUGAAAACCAAAGGAAGACCGCUGAAGAACAGUUCAAGAAGGAGAAGGCGGCAUGGACGUCAAACAUAGCAGCCCUUGAAAAACAGCUGACAGAGAAGAGCACUGUGUGCAUGUUUGUGAACAUGACAAAACAAGAAGCCAAGGAACUGUGUGGGAAUGUUCAACCUGUUCCUGUUCCGAAAUAGAAGCGUGGCACCCAUCUAGGCGCAGCCAUUGGUCAGUCUGCUGUUCAGUUCCUAGGGGAACGGCACAUGCGCAGGCCUCAGUAUGACAGGAUCUCUCCACAGCAUCUGAACACUGAAGGCCAAACCGAGAUCUUUUCUGUUCCCAGUGGUUGAACCGAAAAGCUUGUUUGUAUCCCAUUUGUUUAAAUGCAUUAAAAACAUUUAUGCACUACACAAUGUGAAUAUUAGCAUCAUUUUAACAAAAAAAUAUAUCGUACCAGACAUUUUAACAUAUCAUGGUGUCUCUAAACCAUGCAUUUGCAGUGUUGGCAGGGGAUUGCUGGACCUGUCAGUGAUCCUUCAGUGACUGCAAUGCACUGGUGGAAAUCUGAACCUUGUGCAGUGCGUGCGUUUCACUGUUUGUUUAGCCAUGCUAGGUGGCAUUUCUUUGAUUUAAGUUACCACUCAGACAGUACAAUAUGUGUCACAUGUUUCUAAUUACCUGCAUUGUGGCAGAAGUGAAAUGAUCAUCAGAUAUCUUGGUGGGGGUGGGGGUGGGGGGGGGGAGCGGAAUGAACCAUUCUACUCUACUGGCAGGGGUGUAAGACCUAGGGUGCAGGGUGACGUAUAUAUUUAAUUUGGAUUUGUCUUCCCAAUAGUCUUUUGUAUUUAAAUAAUUUUGUUGUGCCCUCCCCCCCCCAAUAUCAAACUCUUCUGCGCCAUUGUCUAGUGGAACCAGGCUAUUAAAGCCAUUUCCUUGUGCAUUUCUUACCAUUCUGCAUAAAUAAAGGUCUCCGAUGUUG